AUGAGCUCUCCCGACGAGCUGGCGCGAGACACGCCUCCGCCCUACAAGCGGCGGAGAACCGGCGACACCCCGUCCCCCCGGUCGAGCUCCCCCGACAUCCUCGCCGGCGACCCAGAUGGCUUCCGGCAGCCGCCCAGGCGAUCACCUGCGCACUCGACACCUUCUCCAGCGGGAACGCCGCGUUCUCGACAACGCUCGCGCUCGCCCACGUCCACAAGCCAGUCGAGACUGAAUUCCUUUUCUCCAGAACCGCAACAACAGCUUACUCCCCCACGAGAGCUGCCGAAACCGAACUACAAGGCCCGUCUGGUGCUCCACGGACACACAAAGGCCGUGUCGCAGGUUCGAAUAUCCCCCAACGGCCGCUUCAUCGCCUCUGCGUCCGCGGACGCGACCGUCAAGAUCUGGGAUGCCGCGACGGGGGCGCACAUGGACACGCUGGUCGGCCACAUGGCGGGCGUGAGCUGCGUGGCGUGGACGCCGGACAGCAACACGUUGGCGAGCGGCUCCGACGACAAGGCCAUCCGGCUGUGGGAUCGGGUCACAGGGCGGCCGAAGACGACGGCUCGGAAGGCGGGGCAGGAGAUGGCGCCUUUGCGAGGGCAUCACAACUACAUUCACUGCUUGGCCUUUUCGCCCAAGGGCAACAUUUUGGCCAGCGGGUCGUACGACGAGGCCGUCUUUCUCUGGGACGUGCGGGCUGGACGUCUUAUGAGGAGUCUGCCUGCCCAUAGCGAUCCUGUAUCAGGCAUCGACUUUUGUCGUGACGGCACAUUGGUCGUCAGCUGCUCAACGGACGGGCUGAUCCGUGUAUGGGACACCUCGACCGGCCAGUGCUUACGAACCCUCGUUCACGAAGACAAUCCCGCCGUAACAAACGUGUGCUUCUCGCCCAACGGCCGAUUUGUCCUCGCGUUCAACCUCGACAACUGCAUCCGGCUAUGGGACUACGUCUCUGGAAGCGUCAAGAAGACAUAUCAAGGCCAUUGUAACAAGAGCUUCGCCAUUGGGGGCUGCUUUGGCGUCCUGGACGGCGAAGCGUUCAUCGCGUCCGCGAGCGAGGACGGCGACGUUUUGAUCUGGGACGUCAAGAGCAAGGAGGUGCUUCAGCGGGUGCGCGGUCACGAGGGGGUAUGCUUCUGGGUGGACGUGCACGGCGAGACAAUGGUGACUGCCGGGCAAGAUGGCUCGGUCAAGGUGUAUCGGCACGUCAGGCACUCUGACGAGGUCAAUGGGAACGAGACGAAGAGUGAGUCGAAGGCAAAUGGUCAGGGAAUGUUACAGGGAGAGCUGCCCAUUCGGCAGGAUGAUGUCAAGGUGGAAGAUGCCAUGAUUGUCUGA